GAACUUCAGCACUCUGCUUCUGCAGAGAACAAGAAAUCCAGUAGAUUCAGCAGUCACUGUAGCAGUGCUGAAGGAAGGGGUCUCACAGCAAUAUCUUUCACUUUUGGUCAAACUAGCUUUCUGCAGCUGUAGUGGGACAGAUGACUGUGAUCACUGAGCUUCAAGCAGCAAGACAAGGAACCGGAGCUACAAAUGGAAAAGAUAAGACAUCUGGUGAGAACGAUGGACAAAAGAAAGUUCAAGAGGAAUUUGACAUAGACAUGGAUGCGCCAGAGACAGAGCGGGCGGCCGUGGCGAUACAGUCCCAGUUCAGGAAAUUCCAGAAGAAAAAAGCGGGGUCCCAGUCCUAGUAGCUACCUCAUAGCUGAAAGCAAAGUAACCCUGAAAUGAUGAUUUAUCAAGAAAAUCAGAAAUAUCACGAAGAUGCAUGUACAGAAAUGAUCAAUAUUUAAAGCCCCAUUGGCAGAUAACAAACCGUAAGCUUGUGUGUGACUUCAUCCCAGGUGUUUCACACCCAUUAUCCUCUGUAACUCACCAUUUUACUUGAUGUUGUAAUAAAAAGUUAGGGUGAAGUAA